UCUCUCUCUCUCUCUCUCUCUCUAAGUCUCUCUCUCUCUCUCUCUCUCAGUGGGCAGUCAGUAUGAAGCGGUGAUUCAGGCUGCUGUGGGGUGUGAGCACUUUCUCACAUUCAGUACAAGACACACACACAGACAGCAGAAGAGUGUGUGUUGUGAGACAGUGGAGGGAAUUACUUGUUCCCUGGAUCUCCACACACAGACAGAAGAUGAAUCUCAUGAGGAUCUGUGUGAUUGGACUUCUGGGACUGCUGAAGGAGAGUCUGGCUAAUGUUCUGGACAGCAUGCUGCUGAGGAAUUCUGGGAAGCUGGAGGAGGGUCAUGUCUCAGGAAGUGCUGGAACGGCUCAUCCGCAGCGUUUCCUGUGGUGUCACUGCUACCAUCACUGCCCAGAGGACUCCAUCAAUAACACCUGCAGGACAGACGGUCACUGCUUUACUUUGGUAGAGGAAGAAGGAGGCAUCGCUGUGUUUACAUCAGGCUGUCUGGGUUCAGUGGGAUCUGAGUUUCAGUGCAGAGACACUGGGAACUCUAAACACAGACGAUCACUGGAGUGCUGCACAGAUCAAGACUACUGUAACAGACAUCUACACCCAACACUACCUCCACUACACACACACAGUUUUGUGGAUGGAGACAUUCAUCACAUCGCUCUUCUCAUCUCAGUGGGCGUCUGUAGCUUCAUCCUCACCUUCAUCAUCAUAUUCUGUUACUUCAGGUAUAAGCGUCAGGAGUUAGCACCCCGGUACACUCUGAGUCUACAUCAGGACGAGACGUUCAUUCCUCCUGGAGAAUCUCUGAGAGAUCUGAUCGAACAGUCUCAGAGCUCCGGCUCAGGGUCAGGACUCCCCCUGCUGGUGCAGCGCACUAUAGCCAAACAGAUCCAGAUGGUGACCCAGAUCGGGAAGGGCCGCUACGGAGAGGUGUGGAUGGGUCGAUGGAGAGGAGAGAAGGUCGCCGUGAAAGUGUUUUUCACCACAGAGGAGGCCAGCUGGUUCAGAGAGACGGAGAUCUAUCAGACCGUCCUCAUGAGACAUGAGAAUAUACUCGGGUUUAUAGCAGCGGACAUCAAGGGAACGGGCUCGUGGACUCAACUUUAUCUCAUCACCGAUUACCACGAGAACGGCUCGCUGUAUGACUAUCUGAAAUCCACCACGCUGGACAGCAGAUCCACGCUGAGACUGGCGUAUUCAUCCAUCUCGGGUCUCUGUCAUCUUCACACCGAGAUCUUCGGCACGCAGGGAAAACCCGCCAUCGCUCACCGAGACCUGAAGAGCAAAAACAUCCUGGUGAAGAGAAACGGGACCUGCUGUAUCGCUGACCUCGGCCUGGCUGUCAAGUUCAUCAGCGACACAAAUGAAGUGGACAUCCCGCUGAACACACGCGUGGGCACCAAACGCUUCAUGGCUCCUGAAGUUCUGGACGAGACUCUGAACACAAGUCACUUUCAGUCGUACAUCACGGCAGAUAUCUACAGCUUCGGCCUCAUACUGUGGGAGAUCGCCAGGAGAUGCGUGUCUGGAGGUAUCGUGGAAGAAUAUCAGCUGCCGUAUCACGACCACGUUCCCAAUGAUCCGUCAUAUGAAGACAUGAGAGAGGUGGUGUGCAUCAAGAGAAUACGACCGUCAUUCCCCAACCGCUGGACCAGUGAUGAGUGUUUAAGGCAGAUGGGGAAACUCAUGACGGAGUGUUGGGCUCACAGUCCUGCGUCUCGACUCACCGCCCUUCGAAUUAAAAAGACUCUGGCCAAGAUGUCAGAGUCGCAGGACAUUAAAGUCUGAGGACAGACCGACAGCGCGGAUGUCAAGUGAGAAACAGACCGUCUCGCCCACCUGAGUCCUGCCGUGGGUUUGGUGCCGGAGCAUCCUCAAGCCAAGCGAUGGAAGCAGAGAGACAGCUGUGUGUUCUCGCUGUGAAAUCUGCAUGAACGCGUGAUGUUCAUCGUCCACUAACUGAACCCGUGAGCACUGGUCAGUAGAGAAACCGCAGGAUCUGAAGGAGCGAGACGGAGCUCACGUCUGGAGUCACUUCUGGAAAACUCAUGUGUGUUGUUGUUGUUUUUCUCUUCAGCUUUUAUUCUUUUGAAUGGUGUUGUCACUAACCUUGUCAAACUGUUAUGGAACAAAUGUGACGGUUGAUGCUGAAAAUGUGUUUGAUGUCUUGAAAAGCUGUUUGUUGGGCUGUGCCUUAUUUAUUGUGUAUGUGGAUGAAAUAAGAAAGGAGCGUCAACGUGCUUGAAUAAAUGUUUGAAUAACACUGAACUUGUUUUUGUUGAAAUUAGUUUUUUUAUACUUUAUCACUUUGGAUGAAUGUGUCGGCUAAAUGAAAAUGA